ACCCGCACCCGCACCCGCACCCAAGACCAAUAUGCUGUUACUAAGCUGUGUCUUGCUGUCGCUAGCUCACCUGGCUACAGCCCAAGUACCGUUCCUGGGUCCCUGCAGCGCAGUGUCUACUGUGGAGAACUUCACUCUAUCAAGGUACUUGGGUCGCUGGUACGAGGCGGAGCGUUACUUCAACCUGAUGGAGUUCGCUGGUAAAUGUGUCACCAACAACAUCACCGACACCAGCACAGACAACAACACACAGCUGGUGAUCCUCACCAAACAGACCAGCUGGCUGACCGAUAUAAACUCCUCAAUGAAGGGGCAGAUGAGGCCGACGGACCAGAGAGGCGAAGCUGCCAAGAUGAUCGUCCGAUACCUUCCAAUGGACCUGUCUGUAAAUCACUGGAUUCUGGACACUGACUAUGACAACUACGCCGUGGUCUACUCAUGCGUAGACAUUGGUUCAGUGCUCAGCACGAGGAACGCGUGGAUCCUGACCCGAGACCGUUCGCCAUCGCUGGAGGUGAUGGAGAAGGCGUAUUCUGCUAUAGAUCGCAACAACAUCUCACGGGCGUUCUUCAUCAGAGUUGACCAGAGUGACCGAAGCUGCCCGGAGCAUGUAGUCAAGGAGUAGCACUGUACACCCAACCUUCACUGCAGAGAAGAAAUAAGUGAGGGAAAUUCCUGGUGUUUCUUUUUGUGUGGACCAGGUCUGCAUAAUUCAGAAGCUAAUUACUGGAACGUUUUAAAAACGCGAUGUUUGAUUGCGAUUCACAAAUAUUUAUGAAAGUGUACAGCUUUGUCACGUUUAAAAAAGAUUGUGGCUGUCAUAAAACUGGUAAAAAGAGUGCUGCUUCGUUGUAAAAAUUAAAACUUAUUUUUCACAGUUACUGCUGUGAAUUAGACCUACCCUCGUACUUGAAAUCAUUCAUAAUGGUGAAUAGAUAUCAAACC